AUGUAUAUAGACAUUCCUUCUUGUUCGUCGUGCUCAGGAACUGAAACUACACUCAUAAAAUGGAGGUGUCCGACAAGUACAGCUCGAUCAAUUUUACAAUUAGCACAUGGUGAUAAGAAGAAUUUUGAUGAUGAAGUCAGGAAACAUUAUGGGUUACCUACUGGUGAGGACUUUAUUAUUCGAAUUCGUAUGCCUGAGGCACCUGAUGAAUAUAUUGACUAUAAGUGGGAAAAACGUAUGCUGUGUUUAUUAAUGAAGUAUUUUGAAUUGGAACAUUUAAUGUGGAGGAUGUCAACACUUGGUGGUGCUUGUUCAGCGAUGGCUGAUUACGACCUUUCGUUUGCAAAACGAGCUGGCUCGAUCUCCGAGAAGCAGUUACGAAUUGCAGCGGAACUUGAUGAUCAAACCUUGUUGGCCCGCUGUCAUCUGUACAUAGCUCUGAGCGAGGCACAACAGGCUAAUUUUGAUAAUGCUAAAAGAAUCGUAAGGUGA